UUAAUCUUCAAAAGAAGUCAAUCCGUAUGGGAAUUGACCGAAAUGUCGCCGCAUAUUGCAUGACCCAGUGCUUACAUCGCUCGAGGUAAUAUAUCAUUAAGACAAUGUCAACAAUGGCGGCAAGUCUUACGAAAGCGUGUACUAGUCGCAUUUUGCAGAAAACAGCUGUCAUCAACCACUCGAGAAGUGCUUGUGCUUAUAUAAUUACAAACAGACCUCGCUCAAACUCCGUUCCAAAUGACACCAUUCUAACAUCUCACGGACGAUGUUACUCAAAUCGGGCAACACUCAGCGAAACACAGAAGGAGAAACUUGCAGAAGGUCCCGACCUCGCCGACUUUAUAUCAGAUGACCUACCACUCACAUACGAUGGCGAGGGAGGUAUCAAGAAGGUUCAAGGUGAGAGAUUACGUUUGCCUAAAUGGUUGAAAACUGAAAUACCAGUGGGGAAAAACUAUGGUCGUUUGAAGGAGAAUUUACGUGAACUGAAUUUACACACAGUCUGUGAAGAAGCUAAAUGUCCGAACAUCGGAGAAUGCUGGGGAGGAGGAGAACACGGCACUGCUACAGCCACAAUAAUGGUCCUAGGAGAUGAAUGCACCCGCGGAUGUCGUUUCUGCUCGGUGAAGACUUCAAGAGCUCCCCCACCACCAGACCCAAACGAACCAGUGAACACAGCUAAGGCUAUUGUAUCAUGGGGCCUUGACUAUGUCGUUUUAACCUCGGUUGACAGGGAUGAUCUUGCAGAUGGGGGCUCUAAACAUUUUGCUGAAACGGUGGAGCAGAUUAAGACUCAGAAUCCAUCUAUAUUGGUUGAAUGCCUUACUCCAGAUUUCCGUGGUGAUCUUAAAGCGGUAGAAGUUGUGUUAGACUCUGGUCUUGACGUUUUUGCCCACAAUGUUGAAACUGUGUCUGAGUUGCAAAGGUUCGUACGUGAUCCCAGAGCGAACUACAAACAAUCUCUUGCUGUGUUGGAACAUGCUAAGAAAUACAGACCGGAUGUCGUCACUAAGACAUCCCUUAUGCUUGGAUUAGGGGAGACUGAUGAACAGAUUUAUGCAGUUCUCAAAGAUCUGAGGAACAUUGGAGUCGAUUGUUUGACCCUUGGACAGUAUAUGCAGCCCACAAAGCGUCAUUUGAAAGUAAAGGAGUAUGUGCAUCCUGACAAGUUCAAAUACUGGGAGGAAGUUGGCAACAAACUGGGGUUUGUGUACACAGCAAGUGGACCUCUUGUCAGGUCCUCCUAUAAAGCAGGGGAGUUCUUCAUCAAGAAUCUUGUUGAGAAGAGGAAGAGUUCAGUUUAAAGAUGUCUGUGAUAUCACUACAUACGGCUAUAACAUGUAUGAUGUAUGAUAAUGUGCUAUAUUGGUUGUUGACUGCAAUAAAUAGUUUGAAAAGUUUU